AUGGCUCCCUCCACCGUCGACCCGGCCAUACUCGAGGCCCUCGGGCUUGAUGCUAGCCGGACCACAAUGGCUCCGCACGGCGGCUCCGGCUUCUCCUCCACCUUCAAGCUGUCCACCGUGACUGACGGCGGGCCGACAAACAACUACUUUGUCAAGACGGGCGCCGGCGCCGCCUCGGAGCUCAUGUUUCGCGGAGAGCACGCCUCCCUCAACGCCAUCCACCACGCCGUCCCCGACUUCUGCCCAAAGUCACACGCCCACGGGCCCCUGUCGUUGUCGGCAGACGGCUUCUUCCUAGCCACCGACUUCCUCGACCUCGGCGCCGCACCCGCCUCCGGCCUCUCCCUCGCCGCCAAGCUGGCCCGCCUGCACACGACGCCCGCCCCGGCGCCCGAAGGCCACGAACGGCCCAUGUUUGGCUUCCCCGUGCCGACCUGCUGCGGCGAGACGGCCCAGGAGAACGGCUGGAAGUCGUCCUGGGCAGACUUCUACGCCGACAACCGGCUGCGCGCCAUCCUCCGCGCCAGCACCACCAACCACGGCCGCGACGCCGACCUGGCUGACGCCGUUGAAACCGUCGCGGCGAAGGUCGUCCCGCGCCUCAUCGGCGACGGCCGCCUCGAGCCCCCCAUCACCCCCGUCGUCGUCCACGGCGACCUCUGGAGCGGCAACCACUCCCGCCGGCGCAUCGGCGGCCAGGGCGCCGUCGAGGAGGUCGUCUUCGACCCGUCGGCCGUCUACGGCCACUCCGAGUACGAGCUCGGCAUCAUGCGCAUGUUUGGCGGCUUCGGUGCCGGCUUCUGGGCCGAGUACACAAAGCUCGUGCCCAAGGCGGAGCCCGUGGCCGAGUGGGACGAUCGCCUCAUGCUAUACGAGCUGUAUCACCACUUGAACCACUUUGCCAUCUUCGGCGGUGGCUAUCGUGGCGGGGCCAUGUCCAUUCUGAAGAAGCUCAUUGCCAAGUAUGGAAGCUGA